AUGACUAGCUCCAACAGUUCAGGAUCAGGAGCAGCAAUGCAAAAUGACUCCUCCGGUUUAGCGUCGAUAACAGUUUCGUCGAGGAUUCCGGAGUUCUGGUGCGAUAAACCCAGAUUGUGGUUUGUACAAACUGAUGCAAUCCUUGGACCUCAGAAGCUGAGCGAUGAAUCGAAAUACAACUUGGUUGUCGCCAAAUUAGGCAAGGAGGUGAUUCAACAAGUCAGUGAUAUCUUAUUAAAGCCGCCCGAGACUAAAAAAUUUGAAGCGCUAAAAUCACGCUUAUUACAAGUUUACGAAGAGUCUGAAAUUCGCCAAUUUCAAAAAUUACUAAGCGAAAUGGAAUUGGGAGAUCAAAAACCGUCUCAAUUACUGCGUAAAAUGAAGGAUUUAGCGAGAGAUAAAAUUCCCGAUGAAACCCUGUCCAUUAUGUGGCAAGGACACCUCCCUGCUUCAGUACGAGCUGUUUUAGCGGUUACAGAUGUAAAGAAUUUAGAAAAUUUGGCCGCGAUCGCUGACAAGGAUACUCCACGCCACUCUGUAGUCCAUUAUAUAGAAACAAACGGGCCGCCUGUUAGCGCGCGCCCGCGUCCUUUACCACCGGAUAAAUUUGAAAAAGCAAAGGUAUACCAUAACUGA